AUGUGUCUCGCAGACUAUAUACGUAGACCUCUUGUUAUUACACUACUCGUCAUAACGAUCUGCGAUACAACCUCGGCCAUUGCGGAUACCGCUACAGAGCAGACGAGCUUUGCCAACGAUGCGUCGAUCGACGCUGUACCUUUAUUCCCAGCCGGCCACCAUGACAGUGCCAUCAUGGCAGCCAUGGCCAUUGACAUGACACGUCAGAAUCGCUUCGUAGAAGUCUAUACAUUGUAUAGACUUCUACGAAGCGAUUCUACCACUGCUGAAGCGCACAAGACCUCGGCCACUGACGAAGAGAGGGAAAUUAUACUCGCGAGCGUGCGGAUAGCGAUCAAAAGACUGGUGACAAAAGAUGACACGACCUAUACGCAUGAAAGAGGUAAUGGACUCAAGAAGGAAUGGUGGGUUACAUUAUUAAAAAAUCAACCGAAAAUCGAAGGCCAAACAACAACUACGUCCGACCUCUGUACUGGGCAAUCCGAUUCACGGUCUGGAUUGUGA